GCCGCUUCUAGGAUCUAUAUAUUCUAAUGGCGGACCAGCCAUCAGCAAUGGCUUCUUACCUCAUAAAGUCAUGCUCACUACUAGUCCUAUUAAGCUCAUCAAUGGCUUUGUCGCUGAUCCUUCUAACAACACUGGACAAAGCGAGAUAGUUCAGGUUGAAAACGGUGGCUACGUGGAUGAAACUAAACUCGAAACGAGUUCUGGUCAUUGUCCUGAAUCAGCUCACCAAUAUGAGAAUGGAAAUGGUCGAUGUUUCUCUAAGGAAUCUGAAUCUUGUAGCAGUUCACAGGCUAGCUCAGAAGGUGGAACUUUAGAAAUGGAGUCAGAGCUCACAGUUUCCUCUCAAAGGGAAGAGGAAAAAGCCGAGACAAAUCUCAAAGAAUCAUCAAAGCCAAAGAUUUUGCUUGUUGAAGAUAAUAAGAUCAACAUCAUGGUUGCAAAGUCGAUGAUGAAACAGUUAGGCCAUACCAUGGAUAUUGCUAAUAAUGGAGUUGAAGCCAUAAACGCGAUUAAUCGCUCUAGCUACGAUUUGGUACUCAUGGAUGUGUGCAUGCCGGUUUUGGAUGGUUUAAAAGCUACAAGACUGAUCCGUUCAUAUGAAGAAUCUGGGAACUGGAAUGCUGCUAUAGAAGCCGGAGUAGAUAAAGAGAUACUGGAGAAUGAGCAAGUUUGUGUGCGAUCCACAAACCGGCUGCCUAUAAUCGCGAUGACGGCAAAUACGUUAGCAGAGAGUUCAGAAGAAUGUUAUGCAAAUGGUAUGGACUCGUUUAUUUCAAAACCUGUAACGUUGCAAAAACUGAGAGAGUGUUUACAACAGUAUUUGCAUUAAAAACUUCAGAGUUUGGUGUUUAGUAGGUUUAGUGGUUGUGUUUGUAUAUAUAAUGUGUAGGGAAAAAGUUUUGGAGAGCUACGAAGUAGUUUCCUCUCUUAGAGAUGUACAGUUUAAUAAAUAAAAUAAAUAAAAAGCUUGUCUUCUUUAUUUAUUUGUGGGAAAUAUAUGGCGAGAGAAACGAGAAAACAUUGUCGUUUCCACCAUU